AUGGCUUCCAUACCAACCCUCAAUACCUUGAGAACAGGCCGACGUGGACCCCGAUUGCGCGGGGGCAGAGGGGGGAGAUCAUUACCGGAUAGUCCCAGUAAUGACCUGAACGACAGCAUAGAAGCUGGACGCGAUCAUGUCGUCCAGCAAACCGACAACGAUGCCAGCAAUAGCAGACAAAGUGCAGUCGCCCUAGGCUACCUGAACGAUUCCUUUUCUUCAGCAUUCGGUACACCAGAGUUGCAAGCGUCGAGACGUUAUCCCAUCAUCAACCGAGGCACCUACGUCCGGACCAAAGCCAUUGACAAGCUGGUCAAGAACUUUUUGGACUCACGGCCCAACGAAAAGAAACAGAUCAUCUCCUUGGGUGCUGGGUCGGACACGAGGUUCUUCCGCUUAGCCAGCGAGGAGACCAUAUCGGCCAAGAUCGUCUAUCAUGAACUGGACUUCGAAGCAAAUGUCGCACGUAAACGGGCCUGUAUUCGCCAGUCGCCACAACUCGAAGCUGUGAUCAGUCAAGCCCGAAGCUCGGGAUCAGAGUAUCAUCUCCAUGCCCUUGAUCUCCGUAACCUGACGAACAAGUCUCCCCCAAUAAUUCCUGGUCUUGACUCCGACCUCCCGACUCUGCUGCUAAGCGAGUGCUGUCUUUGCUAUCUACCACCCGACACAGCGACCAGUGUCCUGCAGUACUUCACCAUGAACCUGAAGAGCUCCCUAGCUCUCGCUUUAUACGAGCCUAUUCGGCCGUACGAUGCUUUCGGUAGAACCAUGGUGACUAACUUGGCCUCCCGCGGCAUCCAUCUGCAAACACUAAAGCAGUAUUCUUCGCUUGAGGCGCAACGACAGCGUCUGAAACUAGCCGGAUUCGACACAGGUCAAGGCGCCAGAGAUGUGUAUCAACUGUACCGCAACGAGGACUGGGUCAGUGCCAAGGAAAGAGAAAGGGUGGAAGCACUCGAGUGGUUAGAUGAGAUAGAGGAAUGGAAGCUUUUGGCCAGCCAUUACUGCAUUGCAUGGAGCUGGCGUGGCGAAGCCUUCACGGAGGCAUGGGCCAAGGUCGAAGGCAGCAGGACGCCCGCUGAAGGAGACGAAGGUGGAUGA